AGGAGCGUGCGGCGGCGAUCCUGCGGCCGCUGCUGCCGGGGGUGCCGGUGUGCACGUCCAGCGGCGUGAGCCCCGAGGCGCGCGAGUACGAGCGGUUCAGCACGGCCGCGGCCAACGCCUACGUGCAGCCGCUGCUGUCCGCGUACCUGGGGGAGGCGAAGGCCGAGCUGCAGCAGGCCGGCUUCAAGUGCCCGAUGCUUCUGAUGUCCUCGGGCGGGGGUCUCCUGGACGCCGACGCCGCGGCGGAGGUGCCCGUGCGCCUGGUGGAGUCUGGGCCGGCGGGAGGCGUGAUGCUUGCGCAGAGCGUGUCGCGGGAGCUGGGCAUCGGCGAGGUGUUGUCGCUGGACAUCCGGACGUGGGCGGCACCACGACCAAAGUGUGCGGGAUCCGCGGCGCCCGCGCCGCCGUGGCCCGCGAGCUCGAGGUGCACAAGGCCGCGGGCUUCCGGAAGCACACCGGGCUCCCCCUGCAGAUACCCUGCCUGGACCUCGUGGAGAUCAGCGGCGGCGGCGGCAGCAUCGCCUCCACGAGCGCCGCGGGCGCCAUCGCCGUCGGCCCGCGCUCGGCCGGGUCGGAGCCGGGGCCGGCCUGCUACGGCCGCGGCGGCGUGGCGGCCACGGUGACGGACGCCGACGUGGUGCUGGGGCCAUCGAUCCCGACGCGUUCGCGGCGGGGGAGGUGCCGCUGCAGCCCGACAAGGCGCGCCGAGCCCUCGAGCUGUCCGUCGCGGGUCCGCUGGGCCUGUCCGUGGAGGCCGCGGCGCAGGCGGUCGCCGACGCCGUGGAGGAGGAGAUGGCCGCGGCCGCCCGGGCGCACGCCGCCGAGCACGGGCACGACCUGCAGGGCUGCGCGCUGGUCGCCUUCGGGGGCGCGGCGCCAGUGCGCGCCGGCACGCUGGCUCGGAGGCUGGGGCUGCGGAGGGUGCUGGUGCCCCCGGACGCCAGCGUGGGCAGCGCGCUGGGCUUCUUCUCGGCGCCGCUGGCCUUCGAGGCGCGGGUGGGGUGCCUCUCUGGCAACCCUCGGCGUGCUGGUGGACGCGAGCUUCGACCCGCGCGCCGUGAACGCCGUCUACCGGGGCCUGUGGCACCGCACGGUGUCGGUGGUCGCCGCCGGCGCCGCGCGCUGGAAGCCAGGGAGGCCCGCCCGGGAGCGCCGUCGCGCCUACUGCCGCUACGUUGGGCAGGGGCGAGAGGUGUGCAUCGACCUGCCCAACCGCGACCUGCAGCCCGGGGACGACGCCCUGCUGAGGUCCGGCUUCGAGGAGGAGUACCGCCGGCACUUCUCGCGCGCCGUGCCCGGCGCGGGGGUGGAGGUCCGCGCCUGGGCCCUGGAGCUCGUCGCCGACUCGGACCCGCUGAGCUGGCCGCGGGAGCGGCUCCGCGCGGCGCGGCGGGCCAGGGCCGACAACGCGGAGGCGCCGCCCGCCAAGCGCCCGAGGCCGGCUGGCAGCAGGCGCUUGUUGGACCCCGCCACUUGCCGGCUCGAGGCGGCGCCCGUGUACCUCUCGGGCCGCCUCCCCGGGCCCGCGGUGGUCGCGGAGAGGUACACGUCUACGGUCGUGCCGGCCGGCUUCGAGUGCACCCUGCUGGACAGUGGGUUCCUGCAGCUGGAGGCCUCGGAGCCCGCGGACGGGGGCGCUCGGGCGCUGCCGCGCGCGCCGCUGGCCGGCGGAGCCUGCGUGGUCGGGCUGCAGCUCCUUUGGGCGCGGCUUCUCUCCGGUGCCGAGGAGCAGGCGCAGCAGCUGCUGCGGGCCGCCUUCUCGCCCCUGGUGCGGGAGGCGGGGGCCGCCGCCUGCGGCGUCUUCGACGCCUCUCGGGCCGGGCGAGAGCGGGCGUGGGGUGAUGCCGUGUUUCUUUCUUCCAUGUCCGUCAGCCGCACUGGCUCCCCCGGCCUGGCGUUGGGGCUCGCGGGGGUCGUGGAGCGCAUUCUGUCGGCGCAGCCGCACGCCGAGAUGGCCGACGGGGACGCCCUCAUGACAGACGACGUGUGGAUUGGCACCGGGCACCCCUGCGAUUUGACCGUGGUGACCCCUGUCUUCGAAGGCGGCGCACUCGCUGCCUUCGUCUGCAGCGUGGCUCACAUCCCGGAGUCCGCGGCAGAUCAUCGGCGAGAAGGGCGCCCAGUGACUCAUCUGGCCCGGCGCGGCGCGGUGUGCCACGACGCGGUCGCGACGCUUCGCGCGCGCUCGCUGCACCCCGACGCGGCUGCCGGGGACGCUCUCGCGCUGCUGUCCUGCAACGACCUGGGCGUGCGCCGCGUCAAGGAGGCGCUGGCGGAGCUCGGGGGCUGCGACCUGGCGGCCGCGUCGGAGCACAUCCGCAGCGCCUCUCGCUCGGCGAUGCUGCGCGGGGUCCGGGAGCGGCUGCCCGAGGGCGAGUGGGCCCACGAGGCGUACGCCCGCUUCGCCGUGGUCUGCGCGGUGGGCCACGGCGUGCCUCUGAAUGAGGGGACCCUCAGCACGAUGCGAAGAUCCAUCGUGAGCUUGGUGAACAUGCCUCUUGAGAGUGAUGGGCAAGUGCUGAUUCAGGGGGAGGUGAAUUGGUCGACACUGUGGACGCGUAGGGUGACGCAUCCUCAGCUUCGCGACGUCCAUCUGAGUCACAAGAUGGCGCAGUUCAGGACUGUGAUGUUCUGCACCAACUGCUACAAGUGGAUUCGGGAUGACAUGGCGCUCAACGGAGAGUACGUGUCAAAAUUUGAAGCGAUGAUGGCUCGACUGAAGACAGUGCAAGAACUUGAAAACGUGGAGCUGCUCGGCGCACAAUCAGUGAGCCAAGGAGGUCAUGGCAACGAGCUCGUUCUGGAGGACCUCAAGUACGCGAUGCAGCACGACAACACGGACCAGUACCAGGGUGCGAUGAACAUCUUCGUCCACGACGUCAGGUGGAGGCCCCAGAAGCUACCAUAUAAUACGAAAGGAAUCGACGAUUUGGCCAACCACAGCUUCAGCUCGCCUCCCUCUGGGACAACGCGGUUGCAGAUCCACGUGUACCUCGAGGGACCGGCUGAAGUAGAGACCAUGCUCACCACCAAACGUGGCACCAUCAAGCGCGUGAGUCCAGAAGAACCAGUGCAUGCCUUCCUCUGGGGAUUAGAUAAGUUCUUCCAGAUCCCACAGAACAGGCGGAGCGUAGAGGAGGCCACUCGAUGGGUCACAGCAAUCAGGAAUACCGACUUCAUCUUCCAUACGCUCACGUCUGAGAGCGCCGUGAUCAAGAAUAGCGUCAUCUUGCGAGAGGAGUGGAGCCAGCGCUACGCAGCGGUUCAGCGUUCACCUUUGAGCUUGUUGUGCAUGAUCAUCGAGCAGCGGAAGAGGCUGGGGGAGACCAAAUCGGGGAAGGUGACAACAGACCAGCUGUAUAGCUUUUACGAAGGGAUUACGUGGAGUACCACCAGCGAGAAGAUCAGUAAAAAUACAUUGGAAAACACCUCAGCCAUCAGCAACAAAUGGGCAUUGGCACUGAGCGAAGCUGGCGUGGAUUGUCAGCAGAUCGUCAAGCGCAGCGAGGAAGCCUACGGAUUGGAGUCACCUUUCCCGAGCGUUCUCAGCAUCUAUUUGAUAUGCUCCAAAGCGGGGAAACAGGGGUCCGGCGUAGCUUGGAUGUUCGAGAUGAUCUACGACCAGUUUCGAGCUAAGAACAUCGUGAAGGCCAACAUGAGCGCCAGCGCCUUGCAGGGUAAGAGGUUCUCGGACUGCGACGUGUUAGCUUUCAAGAAGGAGCUGAAGGACGCCAUCCUGAACGACGAGCUGAACACGUUGGCCAUACCUCAGAGGGUCAAGACGACGAUCCGGAACUACCUUCAGAGUCCGAGCGCCUACAGGGCCAAAGAGGGCUUCCCCGACAACCAGUUCGCCCGCUUCGUCGAGCCUGUCGCCCAGACCGACUGGAAACAAGAGUUUGGCAGACCUGAACGUUUAUUCGAUUCGUUCGCUUCUACCUUGAUCUAUGGGAAGGGCUACAACAACACCAUCCUGCAAGCGCUGAAGCUUGGAAAGAGCCCCGCAGAUGCACUGCGGUACGGUUCGAUGGGCCAGGACUUGCAGAAGGUCCAUUCCGCCAUCGAGGAGGAGAAGCAGGCAGCGGAGGAAAAAAAGAAGACAGCCAAGGAGAGCACCAAAGAGGACGGCGAACAGAAGGAGGACGACACCAACAAGCAGGAGGAGGAGAACGAGCUGAACGUCAAGGAGGACGACGACGACGCCAGGCAGCGGUGGUUCAACCACGCGUCUUCCUUGGUGAGGUCGCGCGUGACUCUGGUUGCUCCUGGGCCGAAUGAGGGCGCUGUCAUUGCAGCGAUCAAGGACACCGCAGCGGUCAAGAAGGCGCAGUGCACAUCGUGCGAGAACGUCUUGGCGUUGUACAACUGCAAGGAGGAAGGUCAGAACAAGACCCAGCCCACGAUCCGGAUGCCAGUCAACAGGUCUGCCUACAUGGGUCGUUGCACUCAGGCCGCCAUCAAGGUGUUCUGCUCUGACGACCCCGACAAUGUGGAUCCUGACCAGAUGACUCUUCACCCCAAGGCGUGCUUCGUCUUCCUCGACGCCUUCAAGCCCGCGAACCUCGAGGUUUAUCUGAAGGGCUUCGUGGCGAGCUUCCCCUGCGUGGAGCACAUGACAUUCGUCACGAAGGACCCGCUAUCUCUGCCUCCGAAGCAGCGGCUGCUCGAUUCGAACAGUUCGAACCAGAACAAUCACAUUGGCCCCCUUGUAACAGUGGAUCCGUCCGACAAGGACGAAUGGGCUGCAUCAAUCUUCGACAAAACAAAGAUCUUGGGAGACUGCCUCAUCGAGUCUGGCGGUCGCGUGGCCGGCGCUGCCAAGAUGCCGGGGCCUAAGCGGCUCCCCACUGAUAUCGAGAGGGUGUCCCUGCACAGUAACUCGACGAUGUUCUACAAAGAGCUGGUCCACUCGUUCGCGGCGUCAAGCAUCGUUCAGUUCACGCCCUUGAGCGAGAACGCCGCCAUGGCGGCGAUUAUGAUGAAACUUCCCAUCACGUGCGUGUGCUUUACAGAGUUCCACAUGCACGCCAUGUACAGCCGGUUGGUCGCCCGCGUCUUCAGGAGCCUCACGGAUGAGAAGGUAGAGGAACUCUACGAACCCAUGGCCGUGGCGGAUCUUCCCUCUGAGACGAUGAGCUUCAAGCAUCGCCAAUGGACUGAUGAUGAAUACAAGUUCGGCGUGCAGGCCGAGAAACCAAGUGAGCCAGCACCAAAACGUGUCAUCAAGAAGCCAGCUGCAGCUACGCGACUGCGCAGCCGCACUCCUCCGCCCCGAACGGCCUCGCCUCCAUUCCUAGACACUGGGCCCACGAUCGUCACUGUGGACGACUGCGUUGGAAUGAACAGCGUGGCUCAUGCUUUACGUGGUCUUGGAUGCAAUCACAGAUGCUUGGCGGUCAGCGACAUCGACCCUAUUGUACAGGCCUUCUGGUUCGCUAACUUCGCGGAUGGACAGUGCCGUUUCUUCCCCGACUUGACGAAGCGGGAUAAAGCUUGGCUGGUGGCUCAGGGCGAGAUCGACGGGUUAGUUACGUCCCAUGCUGAGACAUUGACGUGGAUCCUCAAGAAGCUCAAGGGGGCCGCAUCGGGCGCUUACUUUGUGGAUGCGAAGUUGCUGCAGACAUCUGAGCAUGGCAUCCCACAGAGUCGCACGCGCUUGCUGAUCAUCGGCAUCAAGAAGAACCUGAUGAAUGGUAGGACGUUCGAAUGGCCAACUGGGUUCAGUGCACCCUCAAUCGACGUCUUGCUAGAGCCAGUUGUUGAGCCCCCAGGUGUUCAUCAGCAGCCACCAGUCUCUGCAAGGACCGCGCGAGGCAACUUCACCCAGGUGUUCAGGCACAUCAUUGAGAAGUUCAAGGUUAAUCCACUUCUCGGCACGACUUUCGUUGCCGAUAUCGACAGUACUGUUCCACACAUGAUGCGAGACAUGAGCCCGUGCUUGACGAAACGCCGUGGAUACUGUGGCGGGCAUUGGGGUUUUUUCUCGCGGCCGGCGACUGAGCUUGAAGGAGUGUUGCAGCUUGUUCGGCAUGAACCUAACGACUUCAGGGCCCCUGGCGCGGUCACGGUGAACCAGCUCAAGGGCAUGUGCGGUAACUCCCUGCCAGUCAACAUCCUCGAGAGGAUUCUCAUUCGUUCGCUCCCGACGGCAGGGAUCUGCUCAGCCACCGCGCUCAAUCAGCGGUGGGAGAACCAGGGGUCAGCUACUCGCACUCUCAGGGCCAUCUCUUAG